AUGGAAGGAAUGCGUCUCAAACGUCUUGGUCGGCGGGUGGCGCACAAGCUCCGCGACCAUGCGCGCGAGCUCCUGUCUGGCCCCAUCCUGGACCAGUGCGUCGACAACGCCCUCCGGGGGCGCCUGGCCGCCAACCCCCGCGGCCGCCCUACGUUCGCGGAGGCGCACGCUCAAGUCUCCAAGGCCAUCUCGGCGAUCCAGCGGGACCUCAUGAAGGAGCACCGCGCAGGGUGGCGGCGCUUGUUCCAGCAUAAUUCUCCAGACACGUGGCGCGCUGCCACGGCAGAAGUCCACGGCCCCUCGGAGUGCCCCAGCCUCAUCGCCACGGACAUGACCGAGGAAUGA